AUGUCUCAAAAAGCUUGUUACGUCUGCGGGAAGAUUGGCCAUUUGGCUGAGGAAUGUGAUUCUGAUAGAUUAUGUUAUAAUUGUAACAAACCAGGACAUGUUCAAUCCGAAUGUACUCUGCCAAGAACUGUUGAGCAUAAACAAUGUUACAAUUGUGGCGAGACUGGUCAUGUGAGAACAGAAUGUACCAUUCAGCGUUGUUACAACUGUAAUCAAACAGGUCAUAUUUCAAGAGAAUGCUCUGAACCAAAAAAAUCAAGAUUCCCAACAGCAUCUAGUGCGCAAGCUAGCAAUAAGGUGUCCUGUUACAGAUGCGGAGGUCCAAACCACAUGGCCAAGGACUGUUUACAGACUGGAUCCAAGUGCUACUCUUGCGGUAAGUUUGGCCAUCUGUCUAAGGACUGUCCAAGCGGUCCAGGUGAAAAAAUUUGUUACAAUUGUAAUGAAUCAGGGCACAUCUCUAGAGAUUGUACAUACGAAUAG